CCCAAAUAUAAGGGCGUCCUCAUCCCCGGGGUUCGGCGGGCUCAGUUAUCUGCAGGACGUCCCCAGGCUCAGCAAGAUCAGUGGAGCCCUCAGUGGCCUGAGCCUGCCGUCAGCAGGAGCCCAGCUGGACUCCCCUGUGUGGGUGACACAGGCCAGGCCCUGCGGCCCCUCUUUGUUCUUUCCAGUCGCAGCUCAAACCUGAGAUAAACACGUAGCCUCUGGUUGGGACAAACUGAGGUCCUGGCUCCUGGACCCUGGGGAUCACCCAGAGGGCCUGGUCUGCUCUGGAGCGUGGGAGGUCUCCAGGGGCAACCGGGCCUGCAGGGCUCCACCCAAUUCCGGCCCUGUGGCACAGGUGGAGCCAUGCUGCGGGUCCUGUGCCUGGCGCUCUGCGGCCUACUGACCCACGCAUGGGCUGAGCCUGGGGCACUGCUGAGGCUGGGCAUGGACAUCAUGAACCACGAGGUCCAGAGUGCCAUGGACGAGAGUCAUAUCCUGGAGAAGAUGGCGGCUGAGGCUGGCAAGAAACGUCCGGGGGUGAAACCCAUCAAGGGCAUCACUGAUAUGAAGGUCAAGGAUGUGAAGCUGCCUGUCAUCACACUGAACUUCACCCCAGGGGUGGGCAUCUUCCAGUGUGUGUCCACAGGCAUGACCAUCACUGGCAAGAGCUUCAUAGGCAAGAACAUGGAGAUCAUCGUGGUCGUGAACAUCACAGCCACCAACCGGAUUCUGCAGAAUGAGGAGACGGGCCUCCCCACGUUCAAGAGCGAGGGCUGUGAGGUCAUCCUGGUCAGCGUGAAGACCAACCUGCCCAGCAACAUGAUGCCUAAUGUUAUCAACAAGUUCCUGGACAGCACCCUGCACAAAGUUCUCCCUGGCCUGAUGUGUCCAGCCAUUGAUGCGGUCCUGCUGUACGUGAACAGGAAGUGGGCCAACCUGAAUGCCCCCAUGCCCAUAGGCCAGAUGGGCACCGUGAAGUAUAUCCUGACAUCCAUGCCAACCACCACAGCCAGCUACAUCCAAGUGGACUUCAGUCCUGUGGUGCAGCAGCAAGGGGGCAAUGCCAUCCAGCUUGCUGAUGCCGGGGAGGCCCCCGAGUUCCCCGAGGACUACGUUGAAGGCUCUUCACAGCUGCUGCUCUCGGCUGCCCUCCUCACAGCAGAGCUUGCCCUUCUACAGAAGUCCUUUGACUUGAACACCCAGGACAGGAGGGCUGGUAAACUGCCCUCUCAAACCACUAAGACACUGGCUGGCUUCAUCCCUGAAGUGGCUGAGGCCUACCCCAAGCCGAGGCCCUUGGUGACUCGGGUAAGGAUAAACAAGGCCCCCAAGGUCACCAUGGAGACAGGGGAGAGCCUGCUGCACCUCCACGGCACCCUGGAGAUGUUGGCUGCUCGGCGGCGGCGGGGCAAGGCUCCCGUGUCCCUCUUUCUCCUGGAAGUUCAUUUCAAACUGAAGAUUCAGUAUUCAGUGCACGAGAACCGGCUGCAGAUGACCACCUCCCUGGACAGAUCACUGAGCCUGUCCCGGAAGUCCUCAUCGAUUGGUGCCUUCAGUGAGAAGCAAGUGACUGGCUUCAUCGCCGACUUUCUCCAAGAAGCCUACGUCCCUGCUGUCAACGAUGUGCUCCAAGUCGGGCUUCCACUUCCAGACUUUCUGGGCAUGAAUUACAACCUGGCAGAGCUGGACAUCAUCAAGAACGCUCUGGUGAUGGACUUGAAGCUGGACUGACCGGGACAGGAUUCAGCUGCCAGUGCCUGCAAACCACCGAUUGGCUGCACACCGACCUCGAAGGAGCCCCUGAUUGGAGCCUGGUGGGCCUGGCCCCUCACUACCACUCGCUGCUUUCUUUAACAAGGAGUGAACAGUGUGAGGCCUGGGCUGGGGGCUUGGCAAUAAACAGAAGAAAGGCCCUCACAAACA